AUGUCUGCCGCCGCUCGAGUUAUCCGCCCCUUUGCCUCUCGCGCCCUUGCGCAGAAGCUCCCUUUGAGCUCCGUCCGCAGGGUCUCGCCCGCAGCCGGUUUCCCGCGGGGAACAGUCCGCAGCUUUUCGCGGAGCGCUUUCUUGGAAGUGAAGAAGUACACCGAGUCCCACGAAUGGAUCGAGCUCGCCGAUGACGGCAAGACUGCCAAAAUUGGAAUCACAGAAUACGCCGCCAAGUCCCUCGGUGACGUUGUCUUCGUCGAGCUCCCCGAGGCAGGCGCUGAAGUCGCUGCCGGCGAACCCGUUGGCGCCGUCGAGUCCGUCAAGUCCGCUUCGGACGUCCUCUCUCCCGUUUCCGGUGUGGUGAAGCAGGGCAACGAGAUCCUCAAUGACAAGGCCAAGUUCAUCAACGAGAGCCCCGAGGGUGAUGCCUGGAUUGCCGAGAUUGAGGUCAAAGAUGUUGCUGAGAUCGAUGGACUGCUUGAUGCCGAUGCUUACAAGGCCACCAUUGACGAGGAGUAA